AUGAUUAGUGGCAUUCGAUCUGUGGAAGAUCUCGGCAAACUUCUUCCACAAUUCGUAGUCCACAAUGAAGAUUUUCAAUUCGUGAAGUCAAUUGGAAAAGGUGGCUUCAGUGAAGUAUUCAGUGCAUCAUACACACCAACAAAGCAGAUGUGCGCAGUAAAAAAGCUAAAAUUCCGUGAUUUAUCAGGCAAAAACUUCGAAGCUCUUUCAAGAGAACUCCAAAUCCUUUCAAAAAACGCUCAUCCUUACUUAUUAGGUUUCGUGGGCUUCUCGAUAGAUCGCCCAUUUAUCAUUGUGACAGAAUACUUACCUAAUGGAUCCCUCUUUGACGCGCUCCGCUGGAAAGAUAACCAUAAGCCUUGA